AUGAGCAUCCUAGUGACUGGAGGAGCGGGAUUCAUAGGAUCGUGGAUAUCACGGCAUUUUGCCCUGACGGAAAAAGUCGUCUGCUUGGAUGCCCUGAGGUACAGCGGUCGCAAAAAGAACCUAGAGGACGCAGAACUGCAAGCGUUUGUACACGUGGACAUUUGCGACGCCCAGGAACUCCGUCGGGUCUUCGACACCUACGAUAUUGCCACCGUCAUUCACGCCGCAGCCGAGAGUCAUGUUGAGUGCUCGUACUCGGAUCCGAUUCAGGUGACGACCGCAAACGUGUUGGGCACACAGACGUUACUGGAAGAAAUGACACGCAACGCGAGAGAAACGGACACAGAAAUAAGAGAACAAAACCUCCCAAAAUUGAUCUACAUCUCGACAGACGAAAUCUACGGAGAUCAGGCUGAUCUAACUGGCACCGAAGACCUGGAAACUUCGCCACUAUGCCCUUCCAACCCGUACGCAGCGUCCAAGGCAGCUGCCGAAAUGUUCAUUUCCGCCUACACAAAGUCUUACGGUCUGGAGUGCGUCACUCUACGUUUCAACAACGUGUACGGAGAAUACCAGUAUCCGGAAAAAAUCAUUCCUGCGUUUUGUCUGGCCAUGUUAAAGGGCGACAAGUGCAUGCUGCAGGGCUCGGGAGAACACAGAAGGAGAUACAUUUACGCAGAUGACUGCGUGAACGCUGUGCAACUGACAUACAACCAUUUCGACGAGCUCAAGGGCCAGGUGUUCAAUGUUGGGAGCAAGGAGGAAAAAAGCAACAGGUGCGUGUUUGAGACGUUGGGUGGAAUGCUGGGGUACGAUCAGGGGCCCCAAUUUGUGUCUGAUCGUCCGUACAACGAUUCCGCAUACAGAACGAACGACGACAAGAUUCGGGAGUUGGGGUGGGAACAGAAGGUAUCAUUUGAGGACGGUUUGACGAGGACGGUCGACUGGUACCGGAGGAAUGUGAGUUGGUGGGAUGGUGAGUGA